UUCAUUCCAUUCCAUCCCACUCGCUAUUAAUAGAUCCAUCCAAAUCAUGAAGAUAACGCGUAUAUCGUCUCUGCUGAGCACAAUAUCCACAAUCUCAGCUGCCUCUUACAACUCAAAAGGAUGCUACUCCCAAAGUGACUUAUCCAGCUUCUUGAAAUCCAAGGGAGACUAUACAUGGCAAACUAAUAGUUAUUGCCAACAACAAUGUUCAGGCUAUGCCAUUGCAGCCACCGGUAAUGGUGAUGAAUGUUAUUGUGGGAACAAAUUACCUUCAAACAUCAAGAGUGCUGGUUCUGGCCAAUGCUCAACCAAUUGUAAUGGGUAUCCUAGUGAGAAAUGUGGUGGGAAUGGCUAUUUAUCUGUUUAUACAAAUGGUGAAGAAGAUACUGAUGAUGAUGAGGGAUCAAGUUCUCAAGGAGGUUCAAGUUCAACAAGCUCAAGUUCAACAAGUACUUCAUCAACCUCGACUAGUUCAAGUUCAACAUCAACUAGCUCAAGCUCUACAUCAACUAGUUCAACUUCCACUAGUUCCUCAUCAAGUUCAACAUCUUCCAGUUCAACUUCUAAAUCAUCAAGCUCCACUUCAUCUAGUUCAGCCACUUCAUCAUCCAAACUAACAACCCAAGUGUCGGUCAUCACUUCUAUAAUAUCCGCAUCAAACACAGUCAUCACUUCAACACAAACUUCAUCUUCAUCUCCAUCAGCUGCUCAACCAACUUCUUCAUCAUCAUCUUCUUCAGCAGUGGAUCCAAACCAAAACAAUCAGGAUGUCAAUUCCAAAUCUAACAACCAAGGAUUAAGCAAAGGUGCCAUUGCAGGUAUCGCCGUCGGUGUCACAGUUGCAGUAUUGGCAUUGAUUGGAUUAUUAGUCUUUAUCUUUAUAAGAACUCGUCGUUCCCAGGAUGAUGACGAUGAUGAACAACGUGAAAAACCAUCAACCCCAAUACAUAACGAUAUGAGUUUUUACCAAAGAAACCAACAACAUUCAUUAGAUGGGUUUGAUCAACCAACUCCAAUCAUCAACACUACUGAUUUUGGUAGAAAAAGAUUGAGUAAUGGAAGUUUACCUGAUGAAAGACAUCAAAAAACAUUGAGGGUGACUAAUCCGGAUGAAACAACGUUGAAUGAUACGACAUUGCAUCAUGAUGGACAUUAUUCGGAUAGUGAUGAUAGUGAUUUUGAUAAGUUUAGGUCAUGAAUAAUCAAAUAAAACAAAUAAAACAAAACAAAUAGUCAUAUUUUUUCAGAGUUCAAUUUUUAUUUUUCAGGGAGGUUUUAUUGAGGCAAAGAAUCCAUUAAGGAUAUAUUAUACAUCAUAUUGUCAAUUGUUAUAUAUUUUUCAACUAUUGAGUCAUUUUUUU